AAGUGUUACAAAAUAAAAGGACAUUUAAAAGAAAGAAGAAAAAAGUUGAAGGAAAAGGAAGGGACGAGCGAGACGGAGAUGAAGGGCGGGGCUUCUUCUUAUGGAUAUUCGGCGAAAAGGCGAUGGAGGGGGCUGGUCAUUGGGGUGCUGGGACUUGUUAUCCUCUCCAUGCUCGUUCCUCUUGUCUUUUUGCUUGGCCUUCACAAUGGCUUUCGCUCUGCGGGAUAUCCGUCCGAGCAACAAAGGCCAACUUCAGCCCUCAAAAAAAAAAAACCUGUAAAUCAGGAGAGUCGAAUAGGAUAUGACAAGUACGAAGUCAGAGAUGCUUGGAAUGAGUCCGAGGGGGAUCAAUCAAGCCAUGUAUGCGAUCUUUUUAGAAAAUUGGGACCAACUCUUCCAAAGGAUGUUCUUAGAAACUUCACCAAUAAUGCAAAGAAUAAAACCUUUGGUAGGGGUUCCAAGCACAAUAGUCAGGCGACAGAAGUGCCCCCACGUAGCAUUGCACAAUCUCUUCCCGUUAAGAAUCAGAAUACCAAUGUUGAUGCUGCAGUUGGACUCCCCUUAUAUGCAAAGGAUGUUGUCGAUGACAUUGGAAAAUUAUGUGAGUUUAAAUUUGGUAGUUAUUGUCAUUGGCGUCAAGAACAUAGAGAAGAAAUGAAGGAUUCUAUGGUGAAAAAGUUGAAGGAUCAAUUAUUUGUGGCUAGAGCAUUCUAUCCUAGUAUUGCAAAACUUCCGAGACAGGAUAAGUUGUCUCGGGAAUUGAAACUAAAUAUUCAAGAACUAGAACGUGUUCUUAGUGAAAGCACUACAGAUGUUGAUCUUCCACCACAGAUUGCUAAGAAGUUACAGAGGAUGGAAGCUGCAAUAGCCAAAGCCAAAUUAUUUCAUGUGGAGUGUAACAAUGUUGACAAGAAAUUGAGACAAAUAUAUGAUAUGACUGAGGACGAAGCUAACUUCCACAUGAAACAGAGUGCCUUCCUCUACCAACUCGCAGUCCAGACUAUGCCAAAGAGUCUUCACUGCCUGUCAAUGAGACUGACAGUGGAGUAUUUCAAAUCUCCUCCUAACGAUAUGAAGCUCUCUAUGGCUGAAAAGUCCACAGAUCCUAUGUUGCACCACUAUGUUAUAUUCUCCAAUAAUGUGCUCGCCUCAUCAGUAGUAAUCAACUCAACUGUUAUGCAUUCAAAAGAAAGUGUGAAUCAGGUGUUUCACGUGCUUACAGAUGAACAGAAUUAUUUUGCAAUGAAACUAUGGUUUCUUCGAAAUACUUACAAGGAAGCCACAGUUCAAGUGUUGAACAUGGAAAGUCUUAAGCUGGACAACCAUAGCAAAGCAACUCUGUUGCAUCUUUCCCUGCCUGAGGAGUUUCGUGUUUCCUUCCACAGUGUUGAUAGUCCACCUAUGGCCCCUAUUAGAACAGAAUACAUGUCUAUUUUUUCUCACUCACACUAUCUUCUCCCCAAGAUAUUCCAGAAUUUGAAUAAAGUUGUGGUUCUUGAUGAUGAUGUUGUUGUGCAGCAAGACUUGUCAGCACUAUGGAGCCUCGACAUGGGAGGGAAAGUCAAUGCUGCUGUGCAGUUCUGCUCAUUGAGGUUGGAUCAACUAAAAAAAUAUUUGGGUGAGAACGGUUACAAUAAGAAUUCUUGUGCAUGGAUGUCUGGAUUGAAUGUAAUUGAUCUGGCAAGGUGGAGAAACUUAAAUCUUACGGAAACUUUCCAAAGGUUGGCACGGGAGAUGACCACGCAUGAAGAAUCAAUUGAAGCGGUUGCAUUGCGUGCAAGCUUGCUCAGCUUUGAGGGCCUAAUUUAUGCUAUUGAUGGUGGUUGGAUUCUGUCUGGACUAGGACAUGACUACGGAAUUGAUAUCGAAGCCAUUUCAAAAGCUGCAAUUUUGCACUAUAAUGGUAACAUGAAACCUUGGCUCGAGCUAGGAAUUCCAAAAUAUAAACAUUAUUGGAAGAAGUUUUUGAGCCGAGAAGAUCAGUUCUUGAGUGAGUGCAAUGUAAAUUCCUAGUGAACUGAUGGUGGAAAUCCAACUUUCAAACUUCAGAUCUAUAAGGGGCUCAAGAAGUGAGGAUUCAGUUUUUUGUUUGCCAAGAAAUUGUUUCCAAUCUAGGUUUUGCAGAGUAUUGGGCUGCACGGAAGAGAUGGCAAUGACGAUUUCCACGAUAAAAUAGUUCAUUUUUUCAGUAAAUAAGAGCUCCGGAAUAUUUAUCCACUUUCUGGCAGAGCAGAACAGAUUUGGUCCGCUCUUGACUGCUACAGUUGCUACUCAUGGGCAUUUGAGGUAUCAAUGAAGAUUUGAUGAACAACGCAGGGAAUGAUACGAAGAUCUUUAUUCUCUGCUUCUUAGCUUGACGAAGUGAACGAGUGGAGUGGAGGAAAUCAUAACAAAUUCUCUGUGGGCAACAAGUUUGCAACUGUAUGUUUCUUCCAAGUGGAUUCACUUGUCAUGAUGAUGUAUAAUGUAUACCUGUUGACUUGAAAGCAAGUAAUGUCUCGUCUUUGAUUAGGAAAAAAAACAAAAAAAGAGGAAGUAAUCUCUUCAUUUGGUGUUAACUUUUCCUUCGGGGCCUUGUUUAUCUGAUUUGAGCGAGUCUUUUAUUAA